AUGGGCUCUCUCCGGGGCCUGGCCCUGCCGCUUCUCUUCGUGUGCCUCCAGGCUGGGGCGCCUGGGAGCUCCGCAGGCCCCAGCACCAGUGCACCAGACCCUUUCUUGACAGCAAAGACCACACAAGCACCUGCUGGGACUGCCGAGGCCAGGACCAGCUCAGAGGGAACCUGGCAGGCCACUCACCUUGCCGAGACCUCAGUGCCAGCCCACGCCACUUCGGAAGCUCGGUCCCUGAGUGCUGAGAUCUUUGCCAGCACCUUCAUCUCAGCUGGAACUAUUUCAAAAGCAGAGACCAGGACCAAGACCAUUUCCUCGGCAACACAGCCCAGAACCCCGACCAAGACAAUACCUUCCAAGCUCAUGGCUGUGAUCACCACCUCUCUGGAGACAUUAGCUACAACUGGCGUAGAAACUGGGCUGACCACAGUGGAGGCCAACACAGGCAGCGGUCCCACAGAUGCCGUCCUUGACACCUUUUGCACCGAUGACAGCUCUGAAGAGGCAAGGAGGAUCCUGGUUGACAUCGUGACAUGGGCUCACACCUCCCCGGGGGCUGGGGGCCUGCCUCCAGGCAGCAGCUCCUCCUUUGACAACUCGGUUUCGGUCAUCACCACCUCCCAAGCCCUGGCACCUGACAUCAUGACAGCCACCAAGGCCUUGGUUCCCUUCACCAUUACCCACGUUGAAGUUACCACCAGCAGCCUGAUGGGGACAGGAACGGCUGCCACCACCUCUGGGACCUCCAGCACUACAGGAGCAGAGGCCUUGCCCACCUCCGGAACCACAGCUUUGUCUGCCUCCACCACGGCGGCGUCAUACCCCCCCGACACCUCGUCCUCUGCCGAGACCUCAACAGCCUGUAGCACAGAGCCAGCGACUUCCUCUGCUACCGGCUACUCUGCCAUGGGCCACAGCCCCUCGGAAGCGGUGACCAUCAACAGCUCUGUGUCCUCAGACAGCACAAGCAAUGGGCUCUUUCCCACCCACAGGCACUCUCUCCCUUCUGCCCGUCUGACUACAGCCAGCAGCAGCCAAGAGACACACAGCACUACAGCCGAGACCACAACCUCAGCCGAGACCACAACCACAGCCGAGACCACAACCUCAGCCGAGACCACAACCACAGCCAAGACCACAACCUCAGCCAAGACCACGACCCCCCCAGAGAGCACAACAAAGAUCCCCGUGGCCGUGCCCUUCACUCCGACAAGGAAGACCACAAAAGUUGAUCCAGGCGGAGCUGGGGCUGGGGGCUUCCUCCUCCUGCGGCUGAGCGUGGCCUCCACAGAAGACCUCACUGACCCCUGGGUGGCAGGGAGGCUGAUGCGGCAGCUCCACCGGGAACUGCACAGCCACAUGCCCGCCAUCCAGGUCUCCUUGCUGCGCCGUUCUGUUGGCUUCCAGACGGGCACACUGUGUCCCAAAUCCGACCCCUCCUCAGCGUCUCUGCCGUCACCGCUCUGGUGCAAGGUGCCACCGUCUUCGGCCUGA